AUGAUAAUUUCUGUACAAGGUAAACUUCAAUUACUAAAAGAAUUAGUACAAUUUCAGUAUAUUGUAAAGCCAGAAUGUAUUACUGAUACAGAUGAGCAAACCUUAAUAUAUCUGGCAUUACUCAAUAAUUCAAAGGCAGUUGUGCAAGCAAUAGAUGCUAAUGAACAUGAUGACCCGAAUAGUCUAUAUUGUUUAGUUGCUCUUGGUGAUUUUGAGGGAG